AUGUGCGAGCGGGCGGCGCGCCUGUGCAGGGCCGGCGCGCACAGGCUGCUCCGGGAGCCGCCGCCGCAGGGCCGGGCGCUAGGCGGGCUGCUGCGCUGGGUGGGCGCCAGGAUGGGCGAGCCCCGGGCGCCGCUGGCCCCCGACGCCCCCGACGCCCCCGCGGCGGACCCCGGCCCCGGCCCGGGGCCCGGCUCGCCGCGCGGGGGCACCGCGGUCAUCCUGGACAUUUUCCGCCGGGCCGACAAAAACGACGACGGGAAGCUGUCGCUGGAGGAGUUCCAGCUCUUCUUUGCAGAUGGCGUCCUUGACGAGAAGGAGCUGGAGGGCCUCUUCCACACGAUUGACUCCGACAACACCAACCACGUGGACACCAAGGAGCUAUGUGAUUACUUUGUGGACCACAUGGGCGAUUAUGAGGACGUCUUGGCCUCCUUGGAGACCUUGAACCACUCUGUCCUGAAGGCGAUGGGCUACACCAAGAAGGUGUACGAGGGCGGGAGCAACGUGGACCAGUUUGUGACACGCUUCCUUCUGAAGGAGACGGCCAAUCAGAUCCAGUCGCUGCUGAGCUCUGUGGAGAGCGCCGUGGAGGCCAUAGAGGAGCAGACCAGCCAGAUCCGCUGCAGACAGAACCACAGCAAAGCCAGCCACGGCGUGGUGGAGACCUGGUCCGGAAGCGCUGUGCCCCCCCACGCCCCCAGCGCCAAGCUGGGGGCCACAGAACAAGGGAAGAGCCUUCCAUCUGUCUCUGCAGACCCCAAGGAAGAGGGCCUGGAAGCCCAGAUUAGCCGCUUGGCAGAGCUGAUAGGACGGCUGGAGAGUAAGACCCUUUGGUUUGAUCUUCAGCAGCGCCUCUCGGAUGAAGAAGGCACCAACAUGCACCUGCAGCUGGUCCGGCAGGAGAUGGCCGUGUGCCCCGAACAGCUGAGCGAGUUCGUGGACUCCCUGCGCCAGUACCUCCGCGGCACUGCUGGGGCCGGGAGCUGCUUCCACAUUGCAGCCGUGAGGCUGGCUGACGGCUUCACCUUCGUGGUCUACGAGUUCUGGGAGACGGAGGAGGAGUGGAGGAGGCACCUGCAGAGCCCCGUGUGCAAGGCGUUCCGGCACGUCAAGGUGGACACGCUGAGUCAGCCUGAGGCCCUCUCCAGGAUCCUGGUGCCAGCUGCUUGGUGUACUGUGGGCCGCGACUGACCACGUCCCUGAGGCCUUUGGAUCCGCCUGCCCACUCU